AGCAUGCACUGUGAGCAAAGGGCCCGAAGCAUCCAGAGCUGAGCAGAGGAUUGAGGAGAGACUGGCUCGGGUUUCAGAGACACGCACUAACGGCUGACCUGCGGCACACAGUGGGAUCGUUCAGAGGAGAAGCAGCGAAUGGGACAAACGGAGCGGAACGCCGAGGAAUAACUGACUGAUGACAAACUACACAAUGUCUCUUAUUCUAACUUUAAUUUAGUUGUUAAUCUCUGAGGUAGUUUAGAAAAGAUUUGAAGGGGAAAACAAUCUGCAAAACUUCUUCUCUCCACAGACUGAGGCAGUCUUUCGUAAGAUUUGAGUGCAGGAUUCCUCUUCUGCUGCUCUUCACCUGACGAAUAUAGGGAUUUCCGUGUGGACAAAACCAAAGAUAGGUGUCUAAAAAUGGAAGUGGAUCAUAAGUGGGGAGUCGCUAGUAAAUCGGCUGAGGAGAGGAGGACUUGCGGACAACACCAGCAACCUUUCAAGCCGCUGUGGAUAAAUUGGAGAAAUGUGUCCGGCGUAACGAUUUGUAUUGCUCUAUCUAUUCUGUGCAUUGGAGGUUGCAUUGUGGUUUUUGUGCGGACAUCGGAGUUACAGUCCAGGAUAGUAAGUAUGGAGCAGCAGCAGCGGGACGCGCAGCUCUCCGCGUGGAUGUUGUCUGUGGAGCAGGUGGAGCCCGUUAUCCUGGGCAUACUGGACCAGAUCCUGGAGGAGAAGCUCGCAGCACGUCUACCAAAGGCACGAGAGGUUAGAGAAGCUCCCCACAGCUGUCUGUGUCCCCCAGGACCUCCAGGUCCUCCUGGACGAGCAGGCUUUCCGGGUGACAAAGGAAGUAUGGGAAUUCCUGGAAGAAUGGGCUUAAAGGGACAAGCAGGGGAUAAGGGAGCACCAGGAGAGCCAGGUCUUUCUAUCAUUGGACCUAGAGGACCUCCUGGACAACCUGGAACAAGAGGGUUUCCAGGAUUUCCAGGUCCAAUUGGGUUGGAUGGCAAGCCUGGACAAAAUGGAGUGAAGGGAGACAUGGGUCAGCGUGGCCCUAAAGGACUCCCAGGCGACCCUGGACCCAAAGGGGAGAAAGGCAUAUGUGGAGACUACACACACAGGGGGCUCUUUGUGCAGGAUCUUCCACUGAAAACCCUGGCAGCCUUGCGCUCCAGUCAGGCUCUGAUGUUGAAGCAGGGCGAACCUGGAGUGCAGGGACCCCCGGGACUUCCAGGGCCACCCGGACUCCCAGGGACCCCAGGCCUGAAUGGAGCCAGUGGUCCACCAGGUAAGCCUGGUGAACCAGGCAAACCAGGAAAAGACCCAAGACUUUUACCAGGACUGAAGGGUGAGCCAGGUGUGCCGGGACACAAGGGUGAUCGAGGGGAUGUUGGCUCACCAGGUCCUGAGGGCCCAAAGGGAGACCAAGGAAUUAAGGGGGAUGAAGGGAAGAGGGGUUUCCCAGGAGAGAGAGGAGAGAAGGUAGUGUAAGACUUAAAUGUGCGUGUGUAUGGCAUGUUGAGGUCUAUUCAUCUGGCCUAUUUGGUUCUACUCUUAUUAGAUUUAGAUCCUAUUUAUCUCAUAGAAACAUUUGAGUGGUGAGAUGUCAUGCUGUUUUGCUGGUUUUUAGCCUUUUUAAUUUAGAAAUGUUUUCUAUCAAUUUUCCCCCACUUUCAUUCAGAGUACACUCAGCUAAUACAUACAAACAUAUCCUCAUAUCCUAUGAAACAUAUUUUCAUAAUUUUCAUACCAUGUUCUAUGAACAG